ACCUUCCACCCACCACCACCUUGCCUUAACCCACGUUUCCCUCUCUACUUUACUUGUACUCGUACGAGUACUGACGCCCACACUUUUAUUUUAUUUGGCAUGCCUAGGACCAGCACCACUGCGCAUUCUCACACUAACAAAGCAGCUACCAUGUCUCUCCUACCGGAGCUUCUUCUUACAGUGCUCUUCGGAGCACAGGCCAGCUUCACUCAUCCUGGAAUUAUCCUUCCGUCGAAGGAAUUACUGGGCGACUCGGAAUUGAAAGCGAUAAUUAAGAGGACCCAGAAGAGUCGGGAUGCUAGAGAAGUUUUGGGAUUCUCGCCUAGGAUAUGGGAGGCCUUAACCGAAACACUUCGGGCCGGGAAUGAUCAAUUGGCUGCUAAUAAAUAUAACCUGGUGCCCCGAGUACGUGACUUGGUGAUACUUGGGAGGAAUCUUCUUGCGACCAAGGAAAAGGCUCAGAAUUAUGCUUCAGACGAGGGAUUUGAAGCCGAAGUUCGAAGACUGCUCGAUAUAUGUGUUGAUAAAGCUAGCAAACCUAUCGCGGCAAACAUUGACAAGCAAGCUCAUGAGGCGGAAAUGCAUAUCAAGGGAAACUACAAGAAAGUCAUGAUCACUACACUCCAAUUUCUCAACAAUCUCAUGAGCCAAAAUGAAACUCGCAAGCUGCACGUCUGGCUUCACAUGUUUGGUACCCCCGCUGCGUCUGCUCCCCUGAAUCCAGUCGUACAGGCAAAGGCUUCUCAGAAACCUAAAGGAAAGAAUUCCCCGGCAAAUAGACCUUCGCCCGGCUCUGGUGUAGGCAUUGCUGGCUCAGGUGCGCUUGGCACGACGCAAUCACAUAAGGAGACAGUAGCCAAGUGUAGCUUUUUAUCCGCUGGCUUCAAUGCCAAAUAUUACAAACCUGGGUUUCUUACCGAAGUACCUCGGUUACUCCAACCAGAUGAAAUCCAGCCUUUGCCUAUGAUGCUCCAGAAUGGGGUAGCGCCAUUGGAAGGAACGGAUCGUGCAAUGCAAGCUGUUAGGUGUAAGUUGAUGUUGGCCCAGGGCUAUGGACGCAGCCUGCUACGAGAGAUUCUUGUCUUCCUUGGAGCUUGGGAGGUUGAUGAAGAUGACCUUUGCUUCAAAAUGAUGACGCAAGUCACCGAAGCUAUCCUUCUCAAUGGCCUAAUACCAUAUGCAUUUGAAUCUUUUAGAGAUGAGAAAGACAUUGUUACUCCAGCCCAGUCAGUGCUCCUGAAGCUCCUAGCUUCUGUUUAUAGACAGCCAGAAACCGGGAGAGACCACAAUACAAAUUCCUCAACCCAUUCCCUUAGCAUCUCCGCUCCGUCGAUUUUAUCGGAGUCACUAACCUCACCUGCCUCGGACUUUAGUGAGGCCUUCGAUCCCCCACCAAUAAUCGAAAGCUCAAUACCAACAUUUUUCGUUGCAGUUCUUCGCAAGCAAGUCAUACCCCCGACAAUCAGGAUCAUCAAACUUCAGGGGGCUAUUCGAGAAGGCAAGGCAAAAAAGGAGACUUUCGAGCUAAGUCUGUGGGACUUAGACCGUGUCUACGAGGGGCUCUAUCAAUUUUUGGAACUACUGGGGAUAGUCGGAGAUCUGGUGAUAUUCCUGAAGGAGUUGGAUAAAGCUAUCCCCCGCUGGGUAGCAUCGAAAUCAAUCCCACAACCGCCAUCAUCAUCCCCACCAUCUCCAGCAGUGAAGGAAGCGGGAAAGGAGGAAUCAGACAAGGUAUUGAAAGUCAACGAAGCAUACCGUGUGGAGCGACCAUUCGACGUCUGCCCUGAUGACAACUGCGCAGACGGCAGCGGUGACGAAAAUGAGGGCGCAGAUGGCGAAGAGCCAAACGACGAUAGGGGGCUCUCUGAGCCAGAGGAGUUUACGUGGCCCCAUAUCAAACGGUACCUCGUCAUGCUACUUAGUAGCUUCUCGUGGCAGGACAAAGCUGUACAAGACCUUGUUCGGGAGAAAGGUGGUCUACAAGCGGUGCUGAAUCAAUGUAUGAUCGACGAUGACAAUCCUUAUAUCCGUGAACAUGCAAUCCUAUGCAUCAGAAACCUGCUAGAGAACAACUCAGAGAACCAAAAGGUGGUAAAAGAAUUGGAAGCUGUGCAAGCAAUUCCCGACGAGGUUCUGGAUCGUCACGGAUAUGAACAUUACAUUGAUGAUGCUGGGCGCGUGCAGUUGAGGAAGGUAAAGGGGAAAGGAUUUUCUUCAAAAUAGUUUUCCCUUGGAACUUUAUUUCCCCUGCCACCUGAAAUCUCUUUAUUAUUUUGUUUGCACAAUUCGUGUUUUGGUGGUACAAACCAUUAUAAUUUACUUGUAAUGACGCUUUCCCUAUCCGCGAUUGGUGAUUAGCUAUUAGACUGAGAUGUCAUAUUCAAUUUCUACGGUUUGGGUGUCUGACCUAGAGCCAUUGGGGUCAUA